AUGAACAAGCCAAAACCUAGUACCGAGACUUCUAAAAACACAUCACAAUCCAAGUCUAAUAAGAGAAAGGAUCCUCCCCAACCGGAUGCGGGAUCUAAGAAUGGAGAGAAAAACUCAGAUACAGGCACCCGAGGUGCUAAACGCCCGAAGGUUCAUGAAAUUAGGAGCAUUGCCGCUCAAAAAUCCCACGCCGCAUUGAAAGAUGGUGAACUCAAUGUUCAAUCAUUCGUCGACGAGAGCAUGAGGCGUACUAGGACCUCCCAGACUAGUCGGGCAUUUCAGCGAGUGCCCUUCAGAAUGAGGCGCAGGGCUGCAGCCCAUAACUACAAAAAACGAGAGAUGGUAGAAGAUAAUACCCCAACCGUCAAUUCUAGCACGAGAAAACCAAAAACUACAAAAGCUAGGUUACGAGCCGAAACAGCCCAGAAACUGGGAAUUCUUGCAAAGCGAAAGAAAUUACAAAAAUUGAAAAAUUCCGGCGCUGAUAAACAAGCCAUCUCCAUAAAGACAUCUAGGCCGAAAAUACGAAGGAACUUCAGAAAACGCCAAGUCUCUAAGACAUGGCUUCCGACCCACCUAUGGCAUGCGAAAAGAGCGAGAAUGACCCCUCCUACAGAGCCAUUAUGGAGGUUUGCAAUUCCCCUUACGCCGACACAAAAGGUAUAUCGACCAACCCAUCGGAUUCAAUGGGAGAAGGGUGCAAUGGCUUGGGACAUGAGUUAUAUGAGUACAAUUAGCUUAUCAGGGGCCCAGAAUAGUGUCCAGAACGUACUCAAGGCAUUAGGAUUGGCUCAAGAAGCUCUAUGGAAUGAUAAGGCCAGGCGUUGGAGAUCAGGCAGCAUGCAUUGGACCGGGAUAAUAAGCAGAAAAAUUGAAGGUGGCGUGCAGACUAUCGGACCUGCAACCAUUAUCUGGAACCCUGAAGGCAAUGCUGAUAACACCGAACAACGAAAAGGGUUCAGGCAACUCUACAUCCGUAUCCAUCCUUCUGCAUUUUUAGAAGCAUUCAACGAGAUUUUGCGGCUCGCAAAAGGGCAGAACCCCCGACCUUACGUAGAAGACUUGAGGUUUGAGAUCGGAAGCAUCGAUAUCACCGGUCCCGAUUCAACGGAAGCAUUACUUGGAGUGCUAAAGCCAUACUUCUCGAAACCUGAGUCAAAGGAACAGCACGCUUCAAAAUUUGAAACCCUCGCUGGAUUAAAAGACCCAGGCGCCUUACCCCUCGGGACUCUACUUGCAUUUUCCGUUGCAGACCCCCGCCUGUGCUACCCUCCACGACGGGUAGCUCUUCCAAAAGCAAGCGACCAAAAUGCACAAAUAGCACUUUUAGAAGCCGUCUCAUCAUUCCGCAAAGAAGAAGCCAUUACACCGUAUCAGUUAUUCAACAGAGAUAUGCGAUUUAAAGCCUCUAAACUUCCAUCGCAGCGAUCUCUAAAUCGUCGGCGUACUAAAGGUGCUCCAGGUAUAGUCCUUGAACCAACUGCAGUUGACCCCUCUAUUCCUAUCAUACUACUUGCUUCUCGCCACUCCACUGAUUCCGAAUCAUCUGGUACGUGGACAUUAAUGCUUCCGUGGAAAUGCGUUCCCCCUAUCUGGUACAGUCUAAUGCAUUAUCCCCUCUCAACUGGUGGCAACCCUUGGUUUGGAGGUUUAGAUGAGAUCAGGCAUGUUGCAUUCGAACGAGGCCUUCCCUGGUUCCCUGGCGAUCUACUCGCUACAGACGCGGGUAAAACUUGGGAAUUAGAAGAACGAAAAGUAAGACAUCGAGCAUGGGAUCGAAUGCCCAAAGCAAAACGAGUCAAUUGGGACUCGCUUGAUCUAGGUGCAGGACGAAAAGGCGAAAUUGGUGUAGGGUGGAAUUGCGACUAUGAAACACUUUUUGAUCUCAGGAACACAAGCGAUUCCAACGAUAUGUCAGUUGACGAGAAGGAAGACAGAGAUAAGAAGCCGCCGUUACCAGCAGACUCACUAGAAAGCAUUACGCAGCUUACAAAAUCCACCUUUGGCACUUACCAAUUACCUACAUCAAAACCACCUCCGCCGGCCUCCUUAGUAACAGUAAGAAUAAAAGUCCUUGGGCGUGGAGGAGUAACUACAUGUGCUAGGAUCUAUCGACUUCCAGAUAUAAAGCGCAUCGCUGAGUCGACACAAGCGGAAGUACCAGCCACAGACCCUCCUCAUCCGAAGGGGGAAUACAGGCUGCCAGCCAACCUGCGCGACCAGUGGCUGGCGCGGAAGCCAUCCGGGGGUAAGACAACUAAAAAAGUCGUUGUGAAGCAAGAUAUGGAUCAGGAGACACGACAACGGUUACUCGCGCAACAACUCAUUGGUCCACCAGGAGCCUUUCCACCACCACCUCCCAAUUCCGAGAACAUCCAAGGCCAUCCUCUAUGUCCUGAUAAGGAGGACCUGAUUGGAUUUGUCACGACUGGCUGUUUCAACUUGAGAGAUGGAAGAGGUGAGGCGAUAGGAAAUUUAUCAGCUACCAAAACUCUUGAAGAGCUGAAGCGAUAUAAAAACGACCCCGCCGCAAGACUUUGCGUUGUCAGAGACGCGGGCCAGAACAUUGGCUGGCUUGGGAAGUGGGAGUUAAUUUAG